CCUUGGCACAGUGGCAUUAGAUACUAUUGCUGAAAAGGAUAAAGUAACAAGCGCACUGGGCUUGUUUUUUAAAUGUCAAACCUUGAUCUUUAAAAGUCAGAACUGAACCUAACGGUCAGUUCAAAGAAGACGCGAUAUUUCUUUCAUUUAUUUGUUCGUGUGUCAUAAAAGUUUUUUUCGUCAGUCCUACGUUUUUCAACAUAGUAAAAUGUUCAAGCAGGUUGGUUAUAAAGACAACAAAACAGGUAUUCAAUCUUUAUCAGAAAACUUAUUUUCACGCAAUAAACUACUUAGCGAAAUUCAACUUUUUUUUUUACAAGAUGCAAACAACUCAACUUUAGUAUUAUAUGGAAUGUCGGGUGUCGGAAAGACACUUAUUGCAAGAAAAUAUUGUGAAAUAUCUUAUAACUUCUAUAAAAACAUUGUUUGGAUUGACGCAGCAUUUGGAAUGUUACAAACUUCAAUGAGAAACCAAUGUCAAAUAUUAGGAUAUGAGGUUCAUGAUUCAAAAGGAGAAUAUUUUAAUAUAAAAGUGAUUGUUGAAAAAAUUCACAACUAUUAUAAAAAUGAAAAGACUUUGUAUAUUUUUGACAAUGUCGACGAUGAAAGUGUUAAAAAUUUAUCAAUGUACAUUUCAAAAAAACCGAAAUCAUUCACGUUGAUUACCUCCCAAUGGAGAACGUGGUCAAAUAAUGUAAAUAAAAUGUUAGUUGAUGUUUUUUCUUCUAAAGAAGCAUUCACUUAUGUAAAAAAUAAUAUUAAAGAAAACAGCGACGAAAACAUAAAAAACUUAAUUAAAGCACUUGGUUUUCAUCCGUUUGCAAUUACUCAGGCAAUAAAAUAUAUAAAUAUACAUAAAAUUUUGAUAGAAAAAUACAUUGAUCGAUAUAGAUCAAAACCAUCAGAAAUAUUAGACAAUAAUAACUUUCCAACCGAAGAAGAAUCAAAGUCGGCAAUACAAGCAAUUAACUUAGUUUUAAUAAAAUUAGAAAAAACUAAACUUUUUCCAUUUAAAAUAUUAAACUGCUUAUCUCAUUGCGACGGUCAAAACAUCAGUAAACAGUUUAUAACAAAAAUCUCAAAUCAAAUGGAAACAAACGAUGAAUAUUUAAUAGAUGAAGCUAUUGGAUUACUAAUGAGUUAUUCUUUACUAAACUGUUUUGAUGAUAAAAAAUAUACAAUACACGAACUGACACAGUUAACAUGUAAAUGUUUUCAAAAGAGAAAUUCAAGUACAAAUGCAUAUCUUGAUUUCAUCGAAAAUUAUUUUAAAGUUGAAUUGAAUGAAGUAAAAGAUCACAUGGAUUACGGAAAUCAUUUUGUUUUUCAUUUUAUUUAUAUGUUUCGUACUAAUAAAAAAAGAUUUAUGGAUUCCUUCCAUCAUAUGACAACUUCUAUUCGAAAAUUAUUAGAAUGUAAAGGUUUAUUUGAAGAAGCAAUCGAAUUAUUAAAAGCUGUUCAAAAUUUUAAUACAGAAACUUAUGGUGAAAAUAACAUUAUCACGCUUGAUACAAAACAUAAUAUCGCAAGCUGUUUGGACAAUAUGGGAAAAUAUAACGAAGCUUUAGAAAUUUAUUAUUCUGUUGAUAAAAUACGAACUGAAAUUUUAGGUAUCAACCAUCCGUCUACAAUGACAACAAAACAUAAUAUUGCACUCAGAACUAGAUUAAAAGGCUGCGUUUUUUUGCUACUCGCCGUUACUGAGCGAAACUGUUAUGCACUAUAA